CUUAAUUUUCCAAAUUUUUCAAUUGUAGUGGUUAUAAUUUCUCUAUUCUUCUUCUACUAUUACCAUAAGCUUGUUCCUUAAUCAUGUUUAGAAAUACUAUUUCCAAGAGAUACUACUCUUCAGCUGAAAAAUUACUUAAAACUCCAUUAACUGAAGCUCAUAUUGAGUUAGGUGGUAAAAUGGUUCCAUAUGCUGGAUUUGAAAUGCCAGUUUUAUAUAAAGAUCAAUCUCAUAUAGAUAGUCAUAAUUGGGUUAGAUCUAAAGUUGGUUUAUUUGAUGUUAGUCAUAUGUUACAACAUACUAUAGUUGGUAAAGAUUCGGCUAACUUAUUACAAAAGAUAACUCCAAUUGAUUUAUCUACCUUGCAACCAUUCCAAUUCUCUUUAUCUGUAUUAUUAAAUGAACAAGGUGGUGUUAUUGAUGAUUGUAUAAUCACUAAACAUGAUGAUCAACAUUAUUAUGUUGUAACCAAUGCUGGUUGUAGAGAAAAGGAUAUUAAAUUCAUUAAAGAAGAAGCAAGUCAAUUUAGUGAUAUUUUACAUCAAACUUUUGAAAGUACUUUAUUAGCUAUUCAAGGUCCAAAAUCACAAGAAAUUUUACAAAAAUUCACCAAUGAAGAUUUAUCUAAGAUUUAUUUUGGUAAUGCUAGAUUUGUUCAAUUAAAUAAUGGUCAAUUAAUUCAUUUAGCCAGAUCUGGUUAUACUGGUGAAGAUGGAUUUGAAUUAUCUAUUCCAUCAUCAACUCCAGAAGAUAUUAAAAAAUCUGUUGAUUUCUUUAAGACUUUAAUUCAUGAAUAUCCCGAUGUUGUUAAACCAAUUGGUUUAGCUGCUAGAGAUUCAUUAAGAUUAGAAGCAGGUAUGUGUUUAUAUGGUCAUGAAUUAAAUGAAGAAAUUACUCCUAUUGAAGCUUCAUUAGCUUGGUUAAUUCCAAAAUCUAGAAGAGAAAUUGGUGGAUUCAAUGGUUCAUCUAAGAUUUUAGGACAAUUAAAGGAUAAAUCUAGUGUAACAACUAGAAGAAUUGGUGUUACAUCUAAGGGUCCAUCACCAAGAGAUAAUAAUAAAAUCUUUAAUGAAGAUGGUACAAUUGAAAUUGGAUAUAUUACUUCAGGAUCUCCAUCUCCAACUUUAGGUGGAAAUGUUGCUCAAGCAUUUAUUGAUAAGAAAUAUAAAAUUGGAUCUAAUAUUAAGAUUGAAAUUCGUGGUAAAAAGAGAGAUGGUGUUAUUGCUAAAUUACCUUUUGUUCCAAGUAACCUUUACAAGCCAUAAAAUUAU